AUGAUUGUCGCACUUAUGAACGAGAAAUAUUGGUGUGGUGAAAGUUUUGCCGACCAUGAAAUCGCACAGAUCAUGAUAGCCGUUCUUAUGGUCGGUCAUGAUACUUCUUCCUCUAGCGUUUCCUGGGCUUUACUUGAAGCAUCAGAUCAAGAGCAAGUCAAAUGUUUUGGCAUCAAUGGUCAGCCGGGCAGGUUUAAUCCACUGACAUAUGAAGAUCUUCCGAAACCGGCCAUGCUCGAUUUUGUGAACCGUGGAACUGUUUGUGUCCACGUGUCUAUGGACAGUAUAAUAUGUGCAGUUGGAUAUGAUGUCCUUACCCCAUCAACCCUCGCAGCUGCGUUCUCGAAAUCAGGUGACGGAACAUGGAUACCAGAGCACGGGAAAAACGCGUCCGGGCGGGAGCUUAGACGGUGGAAUGAUCCGGAAGGUGUGGUGAUGAGUGUGUUGAAGGAAUACACCGAUGAGAAUGGAGAGUAUGUUGCUGUCGGGUUACGUGCGGUUAGUAAGGGAGCGGAUAGCACGUAUGCACCUUUCGGGGUCAGUUUUGUGCAGAGUAUGCGGUUGAUUUUCAACCUUGCAGCAGGUCUCAUAUAUGUUCACAAUGUUACCCCUACUGUCGGAUGUGGUUCUGUCACGUCCAAUUCUGUUUCAUCGACGUUUUCGUUGGUUCGCGACUUUACUAAUGCAGUUCUGAACAAAGCAAGGUACUGGAGGUGGUUGGCGGAGAGAAGAGAGUAUGAGAUCAAUUACAUGAAUGAUGAGUGGGCGGCUGCAGCACUGAAAAGUGACGGUACAUCAAAGAUCAGCAGCAUUGGCAGAGGAUGA